AUGGAGGCAGAAAGAUUCCAUUCUUUGCUACAAGCUACACAAGAAGAAAUUUUUAAAACACGUGAAUUUUAUAAUUUGGAUGAACAAAAAAUAAAGGACUUUAUCGAUGCAAUAAAGGAAUGGUGCAAGAAACAGGAACACUUGGUAGAAGCUAGUAAAUAUCUAACUCAUGACAUAAUAGAACGUCUGAUAUGUCUGUCCAGAGGUUCUCUCGAAGGGACUAAAACAAAAAUUGACAAGCUAUUGACAAUAAGAGGAUUAUCACCACAAAUCGUUGCCAACAGAUCAGUUGAGGAGUUUGACGACUACCUAGACAAAUACGCUUAUAUACCAUUGCCUAAAAUGGAUAAAGAGCAAACUAGAGUGUUUGUCAUAAAACAUUUGAAAGAAAACUGGGCGGACUUUGAUUUGUUAACUUAUAUGAGGUAUUGUUUUUUGACUGUCUAUGGAUUAAGGAUAAAAGGUAUUCAUGUAAUUAAUGCUCCUGCAUUUGUGGAUUUAUUCGUGUCUAUAUACAAAAAAGUAGUGAGUGAAAAACUAGGAAGCAGGAUAUAUAUUCACACUUCAUACGAAACAAUAUAUGACUAUGUAUCGAAAGAGAUUUUGCCUGAGGACUACGGUGGUGAUGCGCCAAGCGUGGCGAAAUUACAAGAACAAUGGAGAGAGUACUUAAAGUCAGAUGAAGGAAGAAAAGUUGUAGAGAUUUCUAACAACCUUAAGAGUGACGAAUCAAGGCGUAAUUGUGCUAAAUUUAAUGAAGAAUAUUUGGGAAUGCCGGGGUCUUUUACGAAACUAAAUGUUGAU